AAUGAUUUGGCCUUAAAAGGACAGCCAGCGAAGGUCGCUGCUUGUGUUCAUUGACUUUCCGACCUCAUCAAUCUCAAGUAGGAGCUAUACAUCUGCCUGCAAAACACACCACAAAUUCCACAACUCAUCCACCCGAGAAGAAAAAACCCCUGAUUGAUAUCGAUCAAAAUGUACGUCCCGCGGGAGCAAGCACAAAAUACGGCCACUCUGGUCGCCCGGCAAUACUACGGCAACAACCGAUACCGCAACACGCGGGCAAUGCCCCUUGGUGCCAUCAUCGGUUUGGUGAUAGGCGUCGUUGCCAUCUUCUUUUGCGUAUGCCUCGGCAUCCUCCGCCGCCGCCGUCGUCGGUCGGCCAUGGUCGCCAGCGGCUCUACAGCCCCGAGUCACAAGUGGGGAGGCGGCUGGAGGAACAGCGCCAGCACCACCAACACCAACAAUGGGUACUACUACAGCAACAACGGGUACCCGCAAUCGCAGCAGCCCCAGCAGCAACAGCAGCAGCAGCAGUAUGAACAGCCGAUGAACCAGCAGAGCGACUACGCUGCUGCACAGUCUGUGCCUCCUCCUCCCUACGCGCCGGGCUCAAAACCGCCACCGGCACACACUGCGAACCAUCACACCGGUGGUGAGAAUGCCGACUACUACUCGGGAAACACACCUGAGGUCAGCGGUAUGCCUGCCCAGCAGGGUGGCGGGUGGUGAGGCGGAGUCGAAAAGAAAGAUUUUUAGCAUUUCAGGGGGUGGCUUCAGCGACGAUACUCACGCAUAAUCUAAUGUAUCAUGAUGUACAAACAUGUCUCUUUUUUAAAUGCUUUCCUUAGAUACCCGAACAGUUACAGUGAAAUAAUUCGCAUUAACCUCUUGAUUUUUAUUUCUACGGCCACUCAGUUGAUGGUGUCAUCUUCCUGUGUUUUUACCGCAUGCCAC